AUGAAAAAAGGCAUAGAUGAAAAAGCAGAGGUAGGCUAUAAGUUAAGCUUGUAACAAUAAAAUCUACGCUGGUGAGAUACAAAAAAACGAAUUAUGAUAUUAGCAUUCCCUGAAGACCCUGAUCAUAAUUAUAUAAUUGAAGCACAGUUUUGAUAACCUUUUGCCAGUGUUUCAAAAUAUAUAAUCAAUUAGUCAUCAUUGAUAGACCUGGAGUGAGAGAGAUUCGGUGAAAUAUUUCCAGAAGUGAUCACUGCCGAUGCCGGAAAUAUUUACCAAUUUCUCAAAAUGCUCCAAAAAUUGUCGAUCGAAGAUUCAAAAUCAGAGUUGUAACGAGUCGAGUCAUCGGACCCGAGUCGCUAUUUUCAUGUUAUUAAUUGAUUAAAAUAAUGACUGACUGCGAGUCAGUGGCGUAGCCAGCUGGAUAAGUGGGGGGGGGGCAAUGGACCAUAUUCAUAUAUUCGUAUUCACAGACCUUAAAAACAAUCAAUUUCAAAAUAAAUUAAUAAUGCAGAACACGAAUAUAUGAAUAUGUCCCCCCCCCCAAUUAUCGAGCUUGCUACGCCACUGCUGCGAGAGAAAGUGUGGGGUGGACUUGGUCAAAUUUCCUGACUCAACUCAAGUUUAGCUAUUGAUUCGACUCGUUUUGAACAGUGCAUUGACUUGCGCCGAUCAAAAAUGUGUAACGACUCAACUCAGCUCGUGACCGAUCUCAGUUAACCGACGACCUUUAACUACCUACUUUGCCUCCCCACCUUAAGUCAAAGUCUUUUUUCUAUAAAAUUUAAGCAAAACAUUGGAAGAAAAAUGGAAUUUAUAGAAGGGAGGUUUGAUAUUCUGAAAUUUAUUUUGUGAAUAUUAAUAUUAAGUCAUGUUUUUUGUCUACAGUUUGAAAACUCGUAUAUCAGUUAUCAAAAUUUCAUUUGUAUUUUUUCUUACUACGAUGGCUGUGUUACUGCCUGGCAAAAUAUUUCCAUAGCUCACUAGCCAGUACAUAUUGUAACUAAAACAUUUCACCAGGUUGUUUGCAAAAAGUAAACAAAAAAUGCUCAAUAAUAUUCAUGUUUACGCUCUUUAUUUCUAGACUAUAUUUUACCUGUACACUAAUAAGUGGGUAAAGUCUGCGUCCAUAAAGAGAUAUGAUGAAGAUAAAACAACGAAAAUGACAAAAAAAAAAUGUCCAAAAGAUGAAAUAGGUUAUUUAUGGGAAGCAAGAAUUAGUUCCACUUCCACUGCUGACAUUGAGUACCAAUACACGUUAGAAAGAAAGCACAACAGUUCCACAUUAAUUGAUAAUGCACCUCGACGAGCUCAACCAAGAUCAACCAACUACGAUAGUUUUCAUGAAAAAAAUUAUUCUUGUGACUUCUCAGAACGGGCGACUAUCUGCUACAGCAAGUGUUUUUUUGAAACGGUCGAUGAACAAAACUUCAAUGCAUAUGUAACUGCGAUAAAGAGCAUGAAUUUUAACUUUCAACAGCUAGAUUCGAAAGUUUUAAAAACGUUUGUGAGUUGGAUUUUUGAGCGAGAAACAAAUGACAAUGUUCCAAAAUGUUUGUAUUUGGGAGCUCUCCUAGCUCUGGUAGAUAAGAACAACGCUUUCGAUUGGCAGAGAAAGUCUGACGAGCAUUUAUGUAAGCGGUUUGCUGACCAUUUCCUUGGCGUCCUACGAACGCAAGAGGCAAUUUUUCUAUGGAACGACGUUAGAAAAACUCUAGUAAACUCUCUGAUACGUCUCGCUCCCAAAUUGGUGAACGCCAGCAGCUUCCCUAGAUGGAUUUCGUAUGUCACAUCAUUUUACCCUUACUUUGGCGUGAAGCAGAUAUCGGAAAGUUUUACAUUUAAAAAGGGUCGGGAAUACUCGCAAGAAAAAUAUAUUGAGUUGGUAGACUGGUUAACCCAACAUAUGACCCGUGAUCAUGCGAAAGAUUUACAAGAGAAGUUUCUUCAAAUACUCGAAAGAAUCUUGUUCGACGCACCUGACAUGGACGCUGUUGUUUCUUUGUACAAUAAUAGCGCGUUCUUGAACUUGUUCCUUAAAGGCAAAGAACAAACUGAGGUAUUUGGAAACGUGGUUAUAAAGAAGGCCAAAGAUAUCUUAAUAGAUCACAAAAGAUGCCUUUCUAAAACGCUAACAGAGAUUUACAAAAUACCUGAAGAAUUACACGAUAAGUCAAUCAAAGCCUUUUCACACAUACUUCUGGAUUUCAUUGAGUUUCCUGCAUUCGAUUCUUCCCCUCGUGACCAGGAGAAAAAUUCUUCUGAUUUUUGCAAGGAAAUGUCUCGUGAGGAUCGUCUGUCUGUUGAAGAAAUUACAUCUGUCAUCCAUGCUUUGGUGAAGUCCAAUCAACCUCAUUGUCAUAAUAUAUUUUUACAUCUAUUGACAAGCAAUUUUUAUAAAAUGUGGUGGGAAAAGUUGGGUAAAGAUCAACAUGUCUCUAUUUUAUCCAAAUGGAUAGCAGUGGAUCUUGCUGACCACCCAAAUAAGCCAUCACAAUGUCAGCCUCGUGAUGUAUUCGAACGAGCGGCAGAAUUGGAAAGGUUGAACAUUUUCAGUGUUGGUUUAAUCGAAGAAGCAUGCUUUAAAGGAUUCGAGAGAAGAAAUAAAGAUGUAAAUAAUUUUACACUUUCUUCAAUGCUCGAAGCCUUGGCCACGAUUGAAGGGCUAUCCCCGCCCCUCCAAGAAUGUUACAAGAAACUAUUUGGCUCUAUGCUCAAAAAGUCGUCAGCAGCUAAGGAGGAUAUUAUUUCUUGUAGCAAAAGGAAGGGUUGGUUCACCAAUAUCUCGCCUAACUCAGCGCAGGAAAUUUCAAGGUAGGUAUUAGUUUUUAACUACGUAAUGGUAUAAGGUAAAGUGAUACGAGCAGCAAAACCGCUGAAACCUCAGACAUGUUUUUGCUUGCUACUCAGGUUCAAUUUUGAACGCAAAUUUUGGGCAUCUCGUUUGAUUUUACUGAAUGUAGACGGGUUUUUAGUGCAUGGUAAAAAAAUAUGUACAAUUUUAGACCUAAUCUGGAUCAACUGCAAAAAAUGAAACUUUAAGCAAUCGAACUGUAGCUAUAUACAUUUUCGUUUUCUGAAUAAAUCAUAGGCUUGUGCCAAGUCUCUUUCUUUCUGUAUUUUCUGUUAACUCCCAGUAUGUCAUUGCUAAAAAAGGCCAGGUCCAAGAGGUGACCAUAUUAGGCUAUGUCAGAUGAAGAUAUAUUUGUGAGCUUUGAAAUUUGCGACAUACAGCAUGCAUGUACUUUUUUAAGAUAAUUACUGACGUUUGUGAGCAAUCAAUUUCAAAUUUUUAUAGUAAGUUAUAUCAUAGUAUCUGUUUAGUUCCAGUGAUCUAUUGCCGGUAUGUAUAGUAUAAGACAAAUGUGCCCAAGCUUUUCCUUGUCACAUUUUGAGCUGGGUCGUUCAUAUUGAAUAAAGAUUGCUAACCUAUUUUAGGAGCCGACAACAAUAGAUUUUGCAUCGCUAGAAAUCGCGGACAUUUGGAAUGCAGCAUGCAUUCUCCCCCAGUCCCCAUGUUCACUCUUAUAUUCAAAUUUUAUCAGGAAUGUAGAUGGUUAUCCAAGUUUUACAUAAAAUAUCUUUUAAGAAUCAUACAAAAUUAAAAUUGUGCAUUGUGGAAACAAAAUUCCGUGAACUAAUCAAGGAAACUAAAACCAAUAACAAAAUAUAAUGAUUAUUUACGAUAUUCAAAACUGGGCAACAACGCAAUUAAAUGUACGGGCAGGAUUUGUAACUAAUUUAUCAAAACGACAAUAAUCCACAUUUUACAAAGUCAAACUACGGCUUAAUGUCGAUGAACUUAAAAAUGUGCGGUAAAAUUUAAAUAAUAUGCAGAUAUUAGUAUCCGAAACAAUUGUUCGCAUAUCUUAAUCUGUGGUGUCAAUGUGUAUUUGCUUCAUUCCAAGUUUGCAUAAAAUCGAAGGUUCGUUUAUUAGACACAAUCAUCAGGUUCUAAUGUCGCAGUUUGGCGAUGAUUUUUUAGGCAAAAAUGGCCCAAAAUAUAUCAUUCGAAAGCUCUUUUCUUCUGUUAUUUUGCUUGCUUACAUUUUGUAAUCCUUUUAGUAUGAUUACAUUUUGUAAUAAUCCUUUUUGUAAUCCUUUUAUAAUGCUUUUAUUUAUAUUUAGAAUAAUAAAUUUCGGGGAUAGAAAGGGGUAAUAAGGGACAUAGACGUAAGGGAUGUUUUGGGAUUCAAAUGUCCGCGAUUUCUAGCGAUGGGAAAAAUCGAUAUGAUUCGAUACGAAAAAAUCGAUACAAAUGUGUUUUAUUACAUUUCUAGACUGGCAGAAAGUCUGCUUGUACAAGUAUUGGAUUGGCUGCAAAACAUCGUAAAGCAGGGUCACAAUCAUGAGGAGUUUAAUGAGCUAAUUGAUUGGUCUGAUUUCUGGGUAACAUUGUUAUCAGCUGAAGGUAUAUAUUUAACAACUGUUUACGAUGACAAAAGGCUGGAUUUAUAUUUUUCAGAAUUAGAAACGAUCAAACGAAAUAGCUUGGAUUUCCCAGGCUAG